AUGAAGGAGGAGCAGGAGGAGGUGAAGGAGUGUAUGGUGGAGAAGGAACAGAAGAAGGAGGUGGAUGCAACUGAUGGAACUGUAGCCAUGGAGAUAAGACCAGAGGUUUCCCAGAAGAGAAACGCCACCCUAAAUGAAAACAGAAAGGUAAAGAAGAGAAUGCGAGGGUGUAGAGGCGGGAAGUCAAAAAACAAACACAAUCAACUGGAAGUGUACAAACAUACAUACAGAUCUUCAGGACAUACAGUGGAGGAUGGAGAGGAGCUGAUGGACAACAAAGGAAAGAAGGAAGAGGAGAAAAAGAAAGCAGAGAAGGGGGACAUGAAGGUGCAGAAGGAGCAAGAGGAAGUGAAGGAGUGUGUGGUGGAGGAGAAAGAGAAGGAAGAUACAGAUGAUGGGGCUGUGGCCAUGGAGACGACACUGAAGGUCUCGCUGGAGAGCAACACCACCAUCAAUCAAGAGCAAGAGGUGAAGAAAAGAAUGCGAGGCUGUAGAGGCGGCAAAUCCAAGUGUCAGAUGACUGAGGAAAACAGACAGAAGCAGGACAUGAGAUAUGGACACCAACAUGAGUCCCAACACAGAAGAGGAGAAAGGCAUGAUAAAAGACAGGGGGUGAGAGACUGCUGGAGAGGUUCAAAUGGAUGCCAGACAGCUCCAGUGGGAUGCUGGGGAGAUGCAAAGAGAUGCUGGAGAGGUCCAAAGGGACCUUGGGGAGGUCCAAAGGCACAUGAGGAAGAAAAGGAGAAGCAGGACAUGAGAGUGAAGGAGGAGCAAGAGGAGGUGAAACAGUGUGUGGAGGAGAGAGAAGAAAAGGAGGAGGAAGAAGUACACAAUGGCACUGUGACCAUGGCAACUACAUUGAAAGUCCAUUUGGUCAAAGAGAGCAACACCACCACAAAUAAAGAUCAAGAGCUGAAGAAAAGAAUGCGGGGGUGUAGAGGCGGAAAAUCAAAAAACAAACAAAAGAAACAGGAAGUGUACAAUGAGACGACUGAGGAAAACAGACUGAUGCAGGACACGAAAGCUGGACACCAACGUGAGUUUGAGCACCAACACAGGGGAGUGGAAAGACAAAAUAACAGAGAGGGGGUGCAGGCACACUGGAGAGGUCCACAGCAGGAAGAAAGACAGACGAGAGAGGACAACCAAAGACAACCCAGAAACCAGCACAGGCACAACAUGGCGGUGAGGGUAUGGUACGAGGCAGACGCAUGUGAACGUCACACAGAGGAGACGGCUAGAAGAGAUGAGAAGAAGCGACCGCAUGGGAGCCACGGGGGAAUUCACUGGAAUAAAGGAGGCUUGGUUGUGCUGAGGAGAGGGCCAGUUUGGGCAGAACACAAGAACAGAGAAGGAGGACGAACACAGCAGGAGGAGAGAGGAGAGAGAAGGGGUGAGAGGCAGGGCCCUCGUCACCAAAGACAUGAGAGCACAUGGAGAGGAGAGAGGCAGGAGAGGAACAGGAGGAGAAUGAAGUAGAAACAAAGGCCAUCAGAGGGUUGGAGUAGAGCAGAUGAAGAAACAGGAGCUUACAUUGCCAUGGGGCAGAAUAAUAUGAGUCUGCAGACAGAAGAAGAGAGAGACAUCGGGAGAAGAGCAGCAUGGAGAGACCGGAGAUGGAGAGAUGGCCGUCUGG